UCUUAUCUCCAUAUCACAAUGAUUAAAAAUUUAAAAUAAUAAAAUUUCACUUCAUCUCUAAUUCUAAAAGUUUCGAUAAUUUCACAAAAUAUGUCGCCUAGUGGUACCAUAGUCUUCUCCACCGUCGGCCGCGCCAACUACGGCUUCGACAUUUUCUCCGUUCAACUCAACGGCUCCACCGAUUUCUCCGAGCGCCGCCUCACCGACGGCGCAUCCAUCAACUUCAACGGCAGCUUCCUCGACGACGACAACACAAUCGUCUACAUCUCCGAGAGAACAGGUUCCGCUCAGAUAUUCUUCAACCGUGGCGGCGCCGACGCUCAUCCCGAACCCCUCCCCUCCGCCGCGGGUAGCCUCUUCCACGACCGCCCUUCCGUCUAUAACCGCCGCCUCUACUUCAUUUCAGCACACGAGCGCCCCGAGAAGCUGUUCACGAGCUGGUGCGCUCUCUAUUCCGCCGGAGUCGAUGAUGAAAAAGUCGAGCGAUUGACGCCUCACGGCUUUGUUGAUUUCAGCCCCGCCGUCUCCCCGUCGGGGAAGCUAAUCGCCGUCGCUUCCUAUGGAAAUAGACGGUGGGGAGGCGAAUUCCACGAUCUCCGUACGGAGAUUGUUGUUUUUAGUGAAUCGAAUCCGGCGAAGCGUUUUCUGGUUUGCGAUCACGGUGGCUGGCCGACGUGGUGCGGCGAUUCGACACUGUAUUUCCAUCGCCAGUCCGAUGAUGGAUGGUGGAGCAUUUUCCGAACUGAUUUGCCUUCCGAUUUCUCUCAUGAUUUCGAAUUCUCCGCCGCGCCUCGCCGCGUAACGCCUCCGGGGAUCCACUGCUUCACCCCUGCCGCAGUGCCGGAUAGCACGAAAAUUGCCGUCGCGACGAGGCGGAAGGGGAAUAAUCAUCGGCACAUUGAGAUUUUUGAUACAGAGUUACAGAAAUUCUAUCCUGUAACCGAGUUGAUAAACCCUGAUUUCCACCAUUACAACCCCUUUGUAUCGCCGGGAGGUUCAUUUCUCGGUUAUCACCGCUUCAGAGGCAGCGGCGGUGCCGGAACCACCACGAUUCCACAUCUCGAUCCAAUUUCGAGUCCAUUAGAAGGCCUACGCAUGUUCAGGAUCAACGGCUCUUUCCCCGCCUUCUCCCCCUCCGGCGAUUUCAUCGCACUCAACGGCGAUUUCGAUCAGAAUUCCGGCCUCAGAAUCCUCAGAUCCGACGGCACAAAGCGGUGGAAUCUGUUCCAAAAUCGAACCACCUUCUCCAAUUGCUGGAACCCCGCCGAUGAAAACGUGAUUUUCGUAUCGAUCGGUCCUGUUUUCGAAUCCGUAACUGCGAAUGUCCAUAUCGCCCGAGUCACAUUCAAUCGAUCAGAUCUAACAAACGAUCGCGACGAAAUCGCCGCCGAUAUCAAAAUUCUCACCGAAGAAGGCACCGGCAACAACGCCUUCCCAUCCUGCUCCCCCGACGGAAAAUCCGUCGUGUUCCGAUCCGGCCGAGACGGUCACAAAAACCUCUACAUCAUCGACGCCGUCUCCGGCGAAUCCGCCGGAAUCCGCCGCCUGACCGACGGCGCGUGGAUCGACACGAUGCCGAGCUGGUCGCCGGACGGGGAGACGAUCGCGUUCUCCUCGAAUCGGCACCGGCCGGACGAUCCGAGCGUGUUCGGUAUAUACAUAGCUAGGGCGGACGGGUCGGAGGUUCGGAGAGUGGUGGUGGCCGGAUUUGAGGAGGAGAGGGAGAGGUUGAACCACGUGUGCUUUAGCGCGGACAUGGAGUGGCUGCUGUUCACGGCGAAUUUGGGCGGAGUGACGGCGGAGCCGGUGGCGGUGCCGAAUCAGUUCCAGCCGUAUGGGGAUUUGUACGUGGUGAGGUUGGAUGGGAGCGGCUUGCAAAGGCUGACGUGUAAUGCGUAUGAGAACGGGGUGCCUACGUGGCACCCUAAGGAUAGAUUGGAUCUUCAGCAAAUUAAUCUGGUUGGUGAAAAUGGGGAUGACUUGAAGGGGAAGUUCAUUGAACCAUUGUGGAUCAAAUGUGAUAUUUGAACAUAUGAUUAAUGUCAAAAUAUGCAGUUGUGUUUAA